UUUGUUCGUGUAGCACUCCUUACAGGCCGUUUGGUGUACGUUUUUUGGGGGGGGUGAGAUGAAAUCUCCAACUGUGAAAGAUAUUUCGCUCCAUAGUAUGACAGGUUUGAAUGGACAAAGGUUUGAAGAAUGCCAUCAUUAACGACCACUCUCUUAUAAUCGCACAUUUACGGCGUCACUGAUGUUCUUCUACCCACUAUUGCCCAUAUUUUGGGCUGUUUCUGCAAAGGCAGAUUUAUUUCAAUUUGACAGUAUUUCUAAUGUAUCUACGUAUUAUUUCAAUUAUAUUUAUUGUAAUAUAUGGGAAGGGGAGUGUCAACAGAAUCAAGAUGAUGCGACUCAGCAAGUACCUACUAGGGACCUAUGGGCAGCAUUCCCUCAAGACUAUAUCAGUUUGCUGUCACAGUGGUAUUGCAGCCUGGGACAGUGCUGUGAAUCAGGGGAUUGUCGGAUAACAAAUAAUAUUACAGGUCUGGCUAGUGAUCUACAGCUAAAGCUUCAUGGGCAGCACCUUGCCCAAUCAGUGGUUCUGAAGGCUGUGCAGGGCUUCAUCAGUAACCCUGAAUCCAAUAAGCCAUUGACCCUCUCCUUCCAUGGCUGCUCCGGCACGGGCAAGAACUUUGUGACCCGGAUUGUAGCUGACAACUUGUACCGGGACGGGGUGAAGAGCGAGUGUGUGCGUCUGUUCAUCGCCCCAUUCCAUUUCCCCCAUGCCAGACUAGUGGACACGUACAAGGGCCAGCUCAGAGAAGCUAUCCGGGACAUGGUGCUGCGUUGCCCACAGACACUUUUCAUCUUUGAUGAGGCUGAGAAACUGCACCCCGGCCUUAUAGAUGCUAUCAAGCCCUAUAUGGACCAUUAUGACAAUGUGGAUGGGGUCAGCUAUAGGAGGGCUGUCUUCUUAUUCCUCAGUAAUAUAGGUGGGACCACUGUCAACGAUGUGGCCUUGGACUUCUGGCACUCAGGGCAAAACAGAGAGGACAUUGGGAUGGAGGACUUGGAACACCGGCUACGUGCUGAAGCUAUGGAUUCUCAAGGAGGCUUUGCACAGAGUGAACUGAUGUCAGGUCACCUUAUUGACUUCUUUGUGCCCUUCCUACCUCUGGAGUACCGUCAUGUCAAGCUCUGUGCCCGUGAUGCCUAUGCAGCGUGGGGUCUGGAGCCAGACGAGGGAACGCUGGACGAAGUGGCGAAGGCCAUGCUAUAUACACCCAAGGAGGAGAGGCUGUUCUCUGCCCAAGGCUGCAAAUCCAUACCACAGAGGAUCAAUUUCUUCCUACCCUAAACAGACCAAUGCAACCCAGGAAACACAUGAACAGUGUGUUGGCAAAAAGGAAAAAGUAUGUCCUGACACAUUGAACAUUUCUGCAAUGGCACAUGUCAAUCGAACAUGUGGUAUGCCCACUCUUCACCCUACACUGCCAAGAAAGGAAGCAUAGAGCAUCUGGCUAUAGUAAGAUUCAAUCUGAUAACGAAGAGAUUUUAGAGUGCAUUUUCAACUUCCUCAUUAGACAAUUUUUAUGCAAUUAUUUUUACUUGAAGCUCAGGUCAACUCUAGUAUUAUUAUUUGCAUGUACAGUACCAGUCAAAUGUUUGGACACACCUACUUAUUCAAGGGUUUUUCUUUAUUUGUACUUUUUUCUACAUAAUAGAAUACAUCUAAUAUAUGUAGAAUAAUAGUGAAGACAUCAAAAUUAUGAAAUAACAUAUGGAAUCAUGUAGUAAGCCAAAGUGUUAAAAAUCAAAUUAUAUUUGAUUCUUCAAAGUAGCCACCCUUUGCCUUGAUGACAGCUUUGCACACUCUUGCAAUUCUCUCAACCAGCUUCAUGAGGUAGUCACCUGGAAUGCAUUUUAAUUAACAGGUGUGCCUUGUUAAAAGUUAAUUUGUGGAAUUUUUUCCCUUAAUGCGUUUGAGCCAACCAGUUGUGUUGUGACAUGGUAGGGGUGGUAUACAAAAGAUGGCCUUAUUUGGUAAAAGACCAAGUCCAUAUUAUGGCAAGAACAGAUCAAAUAAGAAAAGAGGAAUGACAGUCCAUUACUUUAAGACAUAAAGGUCAGUCAAUCUGGAAAAUGUCAAGAACUUUGAAAGUUUCUUCAAGUGCAGUUUCAAAAACCAUUAGGUGUUAUCAUGAAACUGGCUCUCAUGAGGACUGCCACAGGAAAGGAAGACCCAGAGCUACCUCUGUUGAAGAGGAUAAGUUCAUUAGCGCUAUCAAGAUGGCGCCGACAUAGGGUCAUCUCACCUCUAGUCCUUAGGAAACAAUACAGUAUUUCAGGUUUUUUUAGUACGUUUUUUUUUUUUUACGUUGUUAGGCCAGAAAAUCUUUAGUGUUAUUACAUACAGCCGGAAAGAAAUAGAGGAUAUCAGAGCGACGGCAACUUACCAACAUUACGUCCAGGAAUAUGACUUUCUCGAAGCGGAUCCUUUGUUUGCACUGCAACCCAGGGCGUUGGAUCUCAUUCCAGAGGCCGACCCAAAGCAACGUCUCCGCAGAAGAGGUAGACGGAGCAGACUCCUGGUCAGACUUUGGAGGCUUGCACACCACCCACGCUUCCGAUUAUAUUACUCGCCAAUGUCCAGUCUCUAGAUAACAAGGAAGAUGAAAUUUGGCAAGGGUUGCUUUCCAGAGAGACAUCAGGGAUUGUAACGGUCUGUUUCACGGAAACAUGGCUCUCUUGGGAUAUGUUGUCGGAGUCGGUACAGCCACCGGGAUUCUUUAGGAGUCGCGGCAACAGAAAUAAACAUCUCUUUGAAGAAGGGCAGGGGUGUAUGCUUCAUGAUUAAUGACUCAUAGUAUAAUCGUAACAACAUACAGGAACUCAAGUCCUUUUGUUCACCUAACCUAGAAUUCCUCACAAUCAAAUGCCGACCAUAUUAUCUCCCAACAGAAUUCUUGUCCGUUAUUGUCACAGCUGUGUAUAUCACCGCUCAAGCCGAUAUCACGACGGCCCUCAAGGAACUUCACUGGACUCUAUGCAAACUGGAAACCAUAUCCUGAGGCAGGCAUUUAUUGUAGCUGGGGAUAACAAAGCAAAUUUGAGAACAAGGCUACCUAAAUACUAUUAGCAUAUUGAUUGUAGCACUUUUUGCCGUCAAUACACUGGAUCACUGCUUCUCCAACUUCCACGAUGUAUACAAGGCCCUCCCCCACCCCCCCUUUGGCAAAUCUGACCAUAACUCAAUUUUUCUCCUCCCGUCCUAUAGGCAGAAACUCAAACAGGAUGUACCCGUGACUAGAACUAUUCAACGCUGGUCUGACCAAUUGGAAUCCAUGCUUCAAGAUUGUUUUGAUCACACCGACUGGGACAUGUUCUGGGCAGCCUCGGAGAAUAAUAUUGAUUUAUACGCUGAUUCGGUGAGUGAGUUUAUAAGGAAGUGCAUUGGAGAUGUUGUACCCACUGUGACUAUUAAAACUUACCUUAAUCAGAAACCGUGGA